UUACAACAGUUCGUCGCUAAUUGGCGUGGAAAGUAAAAAUAUGGAAGGUUGUCCGACGUUAAAUUUCAAAAUGUACACAAAGUAUCGAUCCUCUAUGCACAUCUCUAUUACAUACAUAACCUUAUCUCGCAGAUGUGUCAACGUGAAAACGAAAACACUUUUCCAAUUUUUCUGAAUUUUGUACAAGUUGAAGCAAAAUAAUACGAAAACUAUGGCUGUAAUCACACUAAAAAUAGGAAAAUUGGUAAACCAAAAUUAUACUCGGAUACAUCCAAAGUUAUCCCAGAUUGUAAGGCCUUCCAGUUACCAAAGCUCGCAGUUCCUAGAAGAUCUAAGGGAUGUAAAAGUAAAAUAUGAAGUUACAAAAGAUCCAGUUGACUGGUCAUUUGUUGAAAGAGCCUUACCCCCAACAGUUGUGCCUGAGCCAGUAAAAAAAGACAAAUAUCCCUCUGGAUGGAGACCUCAGGCUGACAAUCUGAAAGAUAGACAUUACUUUAUUGAGAGAACAAAAAACCACAUGAUACCAGUAUAUCUUGAACUGGAGCGAAGAAAUACAAAGAAAACCACAGUUAUUAGGAAAAUCCAAGGAGAUGUGUUCAAACUGGAAAAGGAUUUGCUUGCCUUUUUGCAGAAGGAGUCAUUUUAUCCUAUACGUAGCCAGGUUAAUGAAUUUGCAGGAAUUAUAAAGAUAGGAGGAGACUUUGUGAAUGCAGUAAAAUAUUUUCUAGAGAAAAGACAGUUUUGAGUUUGUUUAUAUUGUUUAGCUAGUGUGUAUAUUGUAUCAAUAAAACUUGUAUAAAACUCCUAUAGUAG